AUGGCUUUGGGCACCUGGCUCCGCAAAGAGGCCAGUGCCACCUCCUGGGCAACUCAGCUGGUUGCCAUGGUUACAGAGCGCCUUGGGGCAACGAAAACUUCUCUGUGGGCUCCUUUGAUUCUUCCUGUGGAUCCAUCUGAUCCCAGCCCACACUGCUGCACUGGAGAACCCCAUGGACUCAUCUAUUCUCAGUUUAAAGAGUCUGUCUUACUGUGGGCUUCACCUGAGGUCCACUGCAUUUGGGAACUUAGCUCUGAUCACUCUCACACUGAGGCAAAGUGCAAAGAGCUGCUCCUGCAGUCAGCAAUAUGCCAAGGGACGGAUAACAAACUCAGUACGCUGUCAGACCUGGACCAGCAGUACCGCACACUUCGCAAGGUCUAUGAGAACUGUGAGGUGGUCAUGGGAAAUCUGGAGAUCACUAGCAUUGAGAGGAACAGUAACCUCUCCUUUCUGAAGUCUAUCCGGGAGGUGACGGGGUACGUGCUGGUUGCCCUGAACCAGUUUGACUACCUGCCUCUGGAGAACCUGCGCAUCAUCCGUGGCAACAAGCUGUACGAGGGUCGUUACGCUCUGGCCAUCUUCCUCAACUAUCGCAGAGACGGAUACUUCGGCCUAAGGCAACUGGGCCUCAAGAACCUCACAGAAAUCCUGAAUGGUGGUGUGUAUGUGGACCAGAACAAGUUUUUGUGUCAUGCUGACACCAUCCACUGGCAAGACAUCAUCAGAAACUCUCGUGCUGAGCUCCUCGUGGUUCCUUCUAAUAACAGUGGAAAUGGAUGCCGUCGGUGCCAUCGAUCCUGUAACGGCCGUUGUUGGGGUCAUCAGGAGGGCCAGUGCCAAACCUUGACUAAGACAGUGUGUGCUGAGCAGUGUGAUGGUCGUUGUUUCGGUCCGUAUGUCAGUAACUGCUGCCAUCGUGAGUGUGCUGGAGGCUGCUCUGGACCGAAGGACACAGACUGCUUUGCGUGUACGAACUUCAACGACAGUGGAGCCUGUGUGACACAGUGUCCUCAGCCGUUUGUGUACAACCCAACCACCUUUCAGCUGGAGCACAACCCUAAGGCCAAAUACACUUACGGAGCUUUCUGUGUCAAAAAGUGUCCACAUAACUUUGUGGUGGAUCACAGCUCCUGUGUAAGAGCCUGUCCCAGCAACAAAAUGGAGGUGGAAGAAAAUCGCAUCAAGAUGUGUGUCCCCUGCACGGACAUCUGCCCCAAAGUUUGUGAUGGUAUAGGAACAGGAGGCUUGCAGACGGCCCAGACAGUGGAUUCCAGCAACAUUGACAAGUUCAUCAACUGUACCAAGAUCAACGGCAACCUCAUCUUCCUCAUCACUGGCAUUAAGGGAGACAUGUUCCAUGGUAUAGGGGCUCUGGACCCAGAGAGACUAAACGUGUUCCGUACUGUCAAAGAGAUCACAGGUUUUCUGAACAUCCAGUCUUGGCCAGAGAACAUGACAGACCUGGGAGUCUUCUCAAACCUUGCUGUGAUUGGAGGAAGAUCCCUGUACAGUGGCAUCUCUCUGCUGAUCCUGAAACAGCGCUGGAUCUCCUCUCUGCAGUUCCAGUCUCUGAGGGAGAUCAGUGCUGGUAAUGUCUACAUCACCAACAACAGUCAGCUCUGCCUCUACAACACAGUCAACUGGACCAGCCUGUUCCGCACCAGCACCCAGAAGGCCCUGAUCCGAAACAACAGAGACCCCAAAGAGUGCACCCGUGAACAGAUGGUGUGUGAUCGGCUGUGUUCAGAUGCAGGUUGCUGGGGACGUGGACCAGACCAGUGUCUGUCCUGUCGAUUUUUCAGCCGUGGACGGACCUGCGUGGAGUUCUGUAACCUCUAUGAUGGGGAUGUGAGGGAGUUUGUUAAUGGCUCAGUGUGUCUGGAGUGUGACAGUCAGUGUGAGAAAUCAGUGGAUAAGAGUCUGACCUGCUAUGGCCCGGGUCCAGAUCAGUGUGUGAAAUGUCUGCAUCUCAAAGACGGGCCCAACUGUGUGGAGAAGUGUCCAGAUGGUCUACAGGGAGCCAACAGUUUCAUCUUCAAAUAUGCUGAAACCAACAAAGAAUGUCAUCCCUGUCACUCCAACUGUACACAAGGGUGCACUGGUCCCAGAUUACAAGACUGUAUUGGGAUGGUUGACCGGACGCCCCUGAUUGCUGCUGGAGUGAUCGGAGGGCUGUUUGUGGUGGUCAUUGUGGCACUGGGUGUGGCCAUCUACAUCCGUCGCAAAACCAUCAAGAAGAAAAGGGCUUUACGUCGUUUCCUGGAGACAGAGCUGGUGGAACCCUUAACACCAAGUGGUACCGCCCCCAACCAGGCUCAACUUCGUAUAUUGAAGGAGACAGAGCUGAAAAGAGUGAAGAUCCUGGGCUCUGGGGCCUUUGGUACCGUCUACAAGGGAAUCUGGGUUCCUGAGGGAGAGACUGUAAAGAUCCCAGUGGCCAUAAAGAUCCUCAAUGAGAGCACAGGACCUAAAGCCAAUGUGGAGUUUAUGGACGAGGCUCUGAUCAUGGCCAGUGUGGAUCACCCUCACCUGGUUCGUCUGCUGGGCGUCUGUCUGAGUCCAACCAUUCAGCUGGUCACCCAGCUCAUGCCCCACGGCUGCCUGCUCCACUACGUCCAUGAGCACAAGGACAACAUCGGCUCCCAGCUGCUGCUCAACUGGUGUGUCCAGAUCGCCAAGGGUAUGAUGUACCUGGAGGAGAGGAGGCUGGUUCACAGGGACCUGGCAGCCCGCAAUGUUCUUGUGAAGUCUCCCAACCACAUCAAGAUCACAGACUUUGGGCUGGCACGUCUGCUGGACGCUGAUGAAAAGGAGUACAAUGCGGAUGGAGGCAAGAUGCCUAUCAAGUGGAUGGCCUUGGAGUGUAUCCACUAUCGCAAGUUUACCCACCAGAGUGAUGUGUGGAGCUAUGGGGUGACCAUCUGGGAGUUAAUGACAUUUGGAGGAAAACCAUAUGAGGGGAUCCCAACAAGCGAGAUUCCAGAAAUCCUAGAGAAGGGGGAGAGACUGCCUCAGCCUCCCAUCUGUACCAUAGAUGUCUACAUGGUCAUGGUCAAGUGUUGGAUGAUUGAUGCUGACAGCAGGCCCAGGUUUAAGGAGCUGGCAGCCGAAUUCUGCAGGAUGGCCAGAGACCCUCAGAGAUACCUCGUCAUCCAGGGAGAUGACCGUAUGAAGUUGCCCAGCCCCAAUCACAGUAAGUUCUUCCAGAGUCUUCUAGAUGAGGAGGACCUGGAUGAUCUCAUGGAUGCGGAGGAAUAUUUGGUGCCCCACAGAGACAAUGCCCCUCCCCCCUUCCACACGCCCAGAACACACCUGGACACCAAACCGUGCAUGCAACGCAAUGUAUCAUUUCGUUCAGAGGAUAUGUCGGGAUCCCACUCUCGUGAAGCCACGACCACAGCCAGUGCAGCAUCUGCCCCAGCCAGGACACUUGGAGCAGUCCUGGACACUCUGGAGGACCAACACUGCAAUGGAAACCUGCAGAAGCAGUCCAAGGCUCGUGCUUUUGAGGACAGCAGUGGACAGCGCUACAGUGCAGACCCCACUGUCUUUCUGGGCGAACAUGGGCCUCAUGGAGACACUGAUGAAGAUAACUAUAUAAAUCCAAUGAUCGGAAAGACUGUUUCAGACAAUCUGAACCCUGUUGAAGAGAAUCCUUUUGUGACACGCCAUAAAAAUGGUGACAUUCAUGCAAUUGACAACCCAGGCUACCACAGCACUCCGAAAGUGCAUCCAAAGGUAGAGGACGAAUACAUCAAUGAGCCCCUCUACCUCAACACCGUCCACAACGCAGGUAAUGCAAGCAAGGAGAUGCUUAAGAAAAAAGGUGUUUCUUUCCCACAGCAGAUGAAAACAGUGACCAGUGCUGGUGUUCCUCUUGUCAUCACUCCAACAGAGAAAUUUCAUCCUGCUCAAAUGGGUCAUGUGCAUUUUGUCCUACCGCCAGCUCAACCAUCAGAGUCAACAUGUCAGAAUGGCCACCACGGACUUGUUGCUCCAGCCGUCCAUGCUGGCAAGUCUACACACACUGCCUCGUCUGGUCAGCCAGACCUGUCCCGUCAUAUGGGCCAUAAAGCACAGUCCAUUUUCCCUGGGCACUCUGGUCUCUCAGUCCAACAAGCUCCAUUGUCCAAGCCAGUCAUCAUGGGUAAAGGGAGUAUCUCUGGUCUCCCAUGCCCCCCUAUCCACCAUGGCAGCACAUUUCAACCUGGUUACACAGGAAUCCUAAUGGUGGACAAACACACCAAGAGAACCUUUGACAAUCCAGAGUACUGGCAGCACAGUCUUCCUCAAAACCCCAAACCGCCAAACCCUGACUCUUUGCAGGAGGGCAAGUCAUUGCCUAAGCAAAAUGGGCACAUUCAGACAGUUACAACUGACAACCAGGAGUCUGAGUCCUCCCUCAAGCCAAGCAUGAUCUUACCUCCCCCACCUUACCGGCAAAGGAAUACUGUGGUAUAA